AUGUCGCAUCGUUGUUGUCGUUGUAGGUGCCGCGGGGUGGAGAAGGCCAGUGAGCAUCUCAUCCUCUACCAGCAGCAGCAUCCCGAGGAGAAGACGUGGGUGUCGAACAUGCAGCUACAGGUCAAACACCUGCCACGCCUCGCUGAGUCCGUCGUCCAGGCGCGGGCCCAGUUCCAGCCGGCCAUGAAUAUGUACAAUGCUCUCGGUGAGAGGAAACCAUCCGUGGAGCAGGUGAACAGAGAUGGAGGACGAUACAUCCGUGAAGCAAAGAUCUACGACCUGAAGCUGCGAGCGUACAGGAGAGCCUGGAGGACGUGCACCCGAGCCUCGACGCGAGCGUGAAGAAGAGGCGGCGU